UCCUCUAGAGAGAGAAAGUGAUGAGAGAGAAAGUGAGCAGGUGGAGUUAAGUCUUGUUCUCUUCUUCUUCUUGAGUGCACGCUGCACUCUCUUGGUCUCUAUAUCUCUCUCUUCUCUUUGGAUGGAUGCCUCAUUUUGAAAGGAGCUACAAUCUUCUUUCUCUUGGAAAAUGCUUUUCUCUGCAGCUCAGGUCACUCGGCCAUGGAAUUCCCUAGUGCAGUUUCCUUCACCGAAGACAGAAAGAUGGCCACUCUUAGCUUUUAAAAGUCUAAACACUGUUCUUAUUGGACAACGAUUUGUACAUAAAGGAAACAUACUCGGACCUCAGUGGAGAUUUUCAGGCAGAUCAAGAAUUGUGUUCCAGCCAGAGGUUACGAGAGUGAACAGUACUCAAAGAAAAGGCCCCAGGGUGUCGGCUAGCUGCCUAACAGCAUCUCAAAUCGCUACAAGUGCUUUCACUUGUGGAACAAUUGCUGUUCUUCCAUUCUACACUUUGAUGGUCGUGGCUCCUGAUGCUCAACUUACCAAAAGAACUAUGGAGAGUAGCAUACCAUAUGUCGUUCUUGGAUGUUUAUAUGCCUACCUUCUCUACCUUUCAUGGAGUCCGGAUACAUUGCGAUUCAUGUUUGCCAGUAAAUACUGGUUGCCGGAGUUACCUGGCAUAACAAGAAUGUUUUCGAACGAAAUAACUGUAGCAUCUGCCUGGAUUCACUUAAUGGCUGUAGACCUUUUUGCCGCAAGGCAAGUAUUUCAUGAUGGGAUAAAGAAUAACAUAGAAACAAGGCAUUCUGUUUCCUUGUGCCUUCUCUUUUGUCCUAUUGGCAUCGCAGCUCAUGCCAUAACUAAGGUACUAAUGAGGACAAAGGACCGAUCACACUGAAGAAGAAUUUUUUUUUUAAACCCCCCCUUCUUCAUGCAUUUCUCUUCUGGUUGUUAUCAUGUUCAGAAGUUAUACAAUUAGUAUUGAAAAUGUCCCAGGUAAAUUCGAUUGGGGAUGUGUUUGUGACUUGAGAUUAUUCGUAUAGAAUUUGAUAGCGUUAUGUGUUUGCUCA